GAGAGUUCUGCUAUUAACUUAAUACCGAGUUAGAGUUUACGUGCUGUGGAUGUUAAGAUGGCGUUAAAAAUGUACUUGUUAGUUUUGCUAUCUUGUUUGUAUAUUGUCGGUAAUGUACACGCUGUUGGCAAAGUGUCUUGCUUCUACGACAGCAAGGCCUAUAAUAGAAAAGGAUUGGCCAAAGUUACUGCAGAUGAAUUAAAACCAGCCAGUUUAUUAUGCAACUAUAUCAUCUACUCUUUUAUCGGACUCGAUAACGAUAAAUAUAAAAUCAAAUCCCUAGAUGAAGAUUUGGACACCGAAAAGGGCAAAAAUAAUUUCAGAGCUGUCACGAAUUUGAAAUUAGUUAACCCAUCGUUGAAAGUUUUGGUAUCAGUUGGUGGUUUCUGGGAUGACGACGAACCCGAGAAAUAUUUGAAAAUGCUCGAGAAACAAGAACAUCGCGCGAAAUUCAUCGAAUCUGCUGUUAAAUUGGCCAGAGAUUAUAAUUUCGAUGGUAUUGAUUUGGCUUGGCAGUUCCCAAUUGUUAAGGAGAAAAAAGACAGGGGUACAUUAGGAUCUAUUUGGCAUUCGAUUAAGAAAGCUGUUUCAUCUUCUACCAAAGAUGAUAAAGAAAAGGAACACAAAGAACAAUUUACCGCACUGGUUCGCGAGCUCGGAGCUGCUUUGAGAGGACACAAGAUGAUUCUAACUUUGAGUAUUUUACCCCAUGUGAACAGCAAAGCUUACUACGAUGCAAACAACUUCAAGGACUGGGUUGAACAUAUCCAUUUGAUGACCUACGACUACAGAACACCAAAACGAACCCCCAACGAAGCUGAUUUCGGAGCCCCAACUCAAUUCCUCGUUGGCAGAAAUGAAUCGUACAACAUUGAAGCUACCGUUAAAUGGUGGUUAGAACAGAAAAUGCCAGCUACUAAAUUAUUAAUCGCCAUCCCAACCUUCGCAAGAACCUGGAAAUUGACCACCGACACUAAAUCAGGAGUUCCUCCGGUAGCAAAAGCUGACGAAGAAGGAGAAGAAGGCCCAUACUUGAAAGAAAAAGGAAAAAUGGCCUACUACGAACUUUGUCCAAUUUUAAGCACCGAACAGAACCCACCGUCGACUUUACUUAAAAAAGUAUCCGAUAAUACUUACCGUACCGGUUCCUACGCCUACAGACUUGCCGGCAAAGAUAAUAAACCGAAAGGAAUAUGGGUCAGUUUCGAAGAACCAGACGUUGCUGCUAAAAAAGCCUACUAUGCUAAAUUGAAGGGCUUAGGUGGUGUUGCGAUCGUUGAUCUCAGUACCGAUGAUUUCUCUGGCUCGUGUGAUAAAAACCAAGUGAAAUUCCCUAUCACUACCCAAGCUAAGAUCAAUUUGUAAUUUUUUGUACUUGCAUUUAUAAUUUCUGUGUAUCAUUACGAGAAAGUUUAUUUUUAAAUACAUUUUUUCAUUUUUUGCUUA